AUGUGCGUAUAUGUUUGCUGUACUGCAGGCGAUUUCAUAUUAUAUUUGGUAGCCUUUUUAUUUCCUCCUUUAGCUGUUAUCUUCAGGUCAGGUCUAUGUUCUCAAGAUUUAUUAUUGAAUAUUUUAUUGACAAUGUUUGGUAUUUUCCCAGGUACACUUCAUGCAUUAUACUAUAUAACGAUAACUAGUCCCUUACGCCGUGAUAAUGAAUUUAUUGUUAUAUACCAACAAGGUUGGGUGGAUACAGAAAGGUAUGCUAAUGGUAAUAUCAAUGCACCAAACAAUAACAAUAAUAUGAACCUAAAUAAUGUGGGUAGUUCAAGUAAUGCUAAUACGUAUACAAAUACACAAACUCCUUUAUUAAAUAAUACAAGAGCACAAACUGAUAAUAAGAUUCAACAAGAACAACAACAUAUGAGUGGGGCUCCACCACCUUAUGGAGGCUAG